UUAUAAUUUGGUACUAGUGUGUAUAUGAGUGGAGAAGAGUUGACAUUUUGGAGUAGUAGCACCACUCUUUCUGUUCGACAACUAUGGCCUCCGCAGCAGACGUCCAAGAAGUUCUUCCACCACUCUUCGAUUCAACUUGUCUCGACCCACCUCCACUCUUCGAUGGAACCACUAGGCUAUACGUGUUUUACGAGUGCCCCUUUUGCCAGCGUGUGUGGAUUGUCAGGAACUUCAAGGGUUUACAAGAUCAGAUCAAACUUGUUGGUAUCGAGCUUGCAGAUAAACCUGCUUGGUAUAAGGAAAAAGUAUACCCCCCAAACAAGUUGCCUUCAUUGGAGCACAAUGGCAAAAUCAUUGGAGAAAGCAUGGAUCUGAUAAGAUAUGUAGACACUAACUUCCAAGGACCAUCUCUAUUACCAGAUGAUCACGCGAAGCUCAAGUUUGCAGACGAGAUGAUUGUUUACAUGGACACGUUCACUAAGAACGUGUUCACGUCGUUCAAAGGAGAUCCUGUGAAAGCAGCUGGCACCGAAUUCGACUACUUGGAAGAGGCACUUGCAAAAUUUGAGGAUGGGCCAUUCUUUCUGGGCCAAUUUAGCCAAGUGGAUGCUGCUUUUGUUCCGUUUAUCGAAAGGUUUCAGAUCUAUCUGAAGGAAGUGUUCAAGUAUGAUAUAAUACCAGGCAGGCCAAGGCUAGCUGCAUAUAUAGAGGAACUGAACAAGAUUGAUGCAUACAAGCAAACCAAGUGUGAUCCUAACUGGCUCAUCCAGUUCUACAACAAACAAUUUCUGAAGUGAUCAGUUAAACUCUGGUGCUGAUAUACUGCAACAAGUUGAUGUUUCCUGUGUUGUUCAAGACCACAUGAGUGGUGUAGCGUGACGUUUUCUAAGGCAAUAUUACAUCAUGUAUUCGUGUUGCUAUAAAUAAUUCUAAACCACUACAUAUACAGUGAUAAUUAUUGUUGUAUGAUUCCUCUUAAUUUUUCUUUA